UGGCCCCCGGGCCUUGAGUUUGAAACUAGUGUACUAAAGUGUCCGCCGUGCGUCUCCUCGGGUGACAAACCAUCAAAUGCCUUCGGAGCGUGGGAACAAAGCCCCGCCCUGCACAUUCAGACUCCUCCUUCGUGACGUCACGGCAUCUUAAAGCUGUCCCUUGAGGGCGUCCCCCGGCCGCUCUUCGCUCCUCUGCCGUCCUCCGCCAAUGGUACUUCACACCGCUUCUGCCUCGGGUGUGCGUCCCACGUGUGGGGAGCACGGCCGCCGCGUCGGCCACCGCCAACGUCCGCCGGUGCCUGCGUGGAAGUGGGGAUCGCCGCUUCCCCCGCCAACCUCUGCUCGUCGAGGAAGGAGAAAUCACCCGGCGCUUAUGAACGACUCGGCCGCGCCGCCGCCGGCGAACGACUCGUCGGCCGGGGCGCAGUUGUGGACGGAGUCAGAGCGCAACGGCACUCUGGCGCUGUCAUCAGACGUCCCGCUGGCCUUUGGCGUCAACCCGUGGGACAUUAUGCUGUGCAUGUCGGGCACGGCCAUCGCCUGCGAGAACGCCAUCGUGGUGGCCAUCAUCUUCUACACGCCCACGCUCAGGACUCCCAUGUUCAUGCUGGUCGGCAGCCUGGCCACGGCCGACCUGCUGGCCGGCGUGGGGCUCAUCCUCAACUUCGUCUUUCAGUACGUGGUCUCCUCGCAGACCGUCAGUCUGGUGACGGUGGGCUUCCUGGUGGCGUCCUUCGCGGCGUCCAUCAUCAGCCUGCUUGCCAUCACGGUGGACCGCUACCUGUCACUCUACAACGCCCUCACUUACUUCUCGGAGAAGACGCUGCGCUGGACCCACGCCAUGCUGCUGGCCACCUGGGGCGCGUCGCUGCUCUUGGGCCUGCUGCCCGUGCUGGGUUGGAACUGCCUGGACGAGCCGGAGACGUGCAGCAUCGUGCGGCCGCUGACGCGCGGCAACGUGACGCUGCUGGCCACCGCCUUUUUCGUCAUCUUCGCGCUCAUGCUGACACUCUACUUUAAGAUCUGUAAGAUCGUGUGCCGCCACGCCCACCAGAUCGCCUUGCAGCAGCAUUUCUUCUCCGCCUCGCACUACGUGGCCACCAAGAAGGGCGUGUCCACCCUGGCCAUCAUCCUGGGGACUUUCGGUGCCAGCUGGCUGCCCUUCGCUGUCUACUGCCUGGUGGGCGAGCGAGAGUAUCCAUCGGUCUACACGUACGCCACGCUGCUGCCCGCCACCUACAAUUCCAUGAUCAACCCCAUCAUCUACGCCUACAGGAACGCCGAGAUCCAGCGCUCCAUUUACUUGCUACUGUGCGGCUGCUUUCGGGCAAACGCCGCCUACCGCUCCAGGUCGCCCAGCGAAGUGUGAGCCGCUCCUACGACGGAGUGGAGAACAAAAAACCGCCGCAGUCAUAGACUUAUAGACAAGUCAUGUUACAUCAAACUCACAAUAUUCGGAUAUUUCAACGGGAACGUUACGAGCAGAGAUGGACAUUUUACAAAAUUCUGCCAGUCCGUCUUUCGUCAUCCAUCAGUGGCCUGGGUACCUGUCCGUCAUCCUCAGUCCGUCAUUUUAUUUUUUCAGUUCGAACCAAAUUUAUCGUCACUCCGUCAUGUUAUUUUUCUGUCAUUCCUCCUGUCGGUAAAUUUCAAAUCAUACGGUGACUAACAAAGACAUGAAUUGUCAAAACGGAUGACUAAGAAAUCAAAAUGUCCAAGGGAAACAAAAAAAAAAAAAGUCGAAUGAUGACAAAAAUAUAACGCUCCCAAGAAGAAAAAAAAAAGUAAACUGUAAACCCAAAUCAUUCUGGGAUUAACUUUGUAACGUCAAAGAUUCGUCGCGACAUGUGCUUGUUGCAACGCUCCUAUUAUUUUACACCCCAAAUCAGUCUUUAUAGAAGGUGCUUUGAUUUUUUUAUUUUUUUUUACCCAAACAUUUUAUCGUAUUUAUUCAUUUCAGAGUUCAUAACAUAUUUAAUUGAAUUUUUUAUUUUAUUUUAUUUUUUUUAAAGGUACAUUGUGUGUAAAAUGGCAGCCAUUGGAUAUCAGCACUUUAAACUCAACACGAGUUCUGGAGGGAGCGUUGAAAACCAUUUUGAACAA